GGGGGGGUCUAGGCAAGGAGAGUGUGACGGUGUGAAAAGAGUAGCACUUGACGCAGGGGCCACCGACAUAGACAUAGGUAUAGGCAUUGACGUUAUCCCCUUCCCCUCAAUCUCUGCACUAUGAGUAGCCUCUCUGGUGAUGAGGAGGGUGAUGGGUAUGGCGGCACCUGUGCGGUGGUGGAAAAAUCAAGGAAGACCGUCCGUCGAGAGGAGACUCGCUGGAGGUCCAUGAUGAGAUGCCUGGUCAAGGGGAUGAGUUUGUCGAGUUUAGUCAGACCGAUGCCGAGGUCGCUGGCAGUACCGCUGUUGCUGGUGCCGCCGCUAGCAGCAACAACAACAACAAUGACGAUGGAGAUGGCGAUGACGAGCAUGAUCGUGAUCACAAUCACAGCCAUAGCCACGUGGGAACCAGAGCGAGCAACCGAUGUCGUCAACUAUGGCGGCUGUGCACAAGAUGGAUGGCUUGCAGCCUUGUUCGCCGAGGUCGAACCGCUCGUCGGUCUCAUCGUCGGAUGCCGGUGUGGUGUCGAUGGCUCGGGUGGAGAAGCGGGGGCAUGUCCGUGCUCCGCUGACGCCGAGGACUCGAUCGCGUCAGUCGUCGGCUUCGUCAGGAACCGGCUCGUCUGGCUCGUACUACUCAUAUUCGUCGUCGGACGAGUGCUCAAGCGACGAGUCCGGUGGUGAUGUGCUGUCGUCGGAUGCUGGCGCUGAGGCUGGGCCGUCGGGCGCAAGCGCCAGUGUGAGCGGAGCUGUUGGUGGCAGCAAGCGCAGCUCCGUCCGCAACAGCUUUGCGGCGGCGAGUGGAGCUGCCGACGUCAGCAGCGGGCUGGGCAGAGCCGACGACAGCGGCGUGAAUGGCCUUGGUGAGGAUGACAGCGCGCUGGUGCGUGGGUCGUCCGACGGCCUGCCGACCGACAUGCGCUACGACGAGGACGACGAGUCGGGCAUGCUGUCGGACACGGUGACUGGCGGGCGGGUGUCACCCACUGGUGGUCUUCGUGAUGGCGGUGACUCUGUCACCUUUGUCCCCGACUCUGGCGCCGGCUGCUCAGAGCCGUCCCGGCUUCUCACCCUGCUGGGUAUUCGCGAGGGCAUGCCCGAGGUCCUCACCCAGUCGCUUGGCGACGUGACCGACAAUGACAAAAAAGCACUGGAGUAUUUGAAUGCGCUGCGGGCACAGCACGACGAGAUGCGGACCGCUGUCGCCGAGCUGAACACCGCCAACAAGUCGCUCGCCGCCCUCGUCCGCCACCUCACCCGCAAGUUCAACGUAGUUGCCGAGGCUCUGCCCGAGUCGCCGUACAUUGCGACCGACACAACGUCGGCGCAAGACGCGGCGACUAAGGGCGACUCGGACGAGGACGAGGCGUUUGGCCACCUGCCCGGGCGGGCGACCCAGAUCCUCAUGAAGGGCUACGUCAACAAGAAGGGUCGCCGCGUCCGCAACUGGAAGCGCCGCUUCUUUGUCCUCCGCGGCGGCACGCUCUCGUACUACACCGACGAGACGUGCGCUACCCGCAAGGGCAAGAUGCGGCUCGACCAGUGCCUUGUCGACGGCCUGCGCGAGCGCGAUGAGACCGGCCGGGCCUGCCUCGCCCUCUCGACCAAGGGUCGCACUCUUUUCUUCCAGUCGGACGAGGCCAGGAAAACACCGCGUGGUUCCUUGCCAUCUCGUGCAUGCAGCAGCAGCUGGAGUAUGCCCGCAACAUGCGCGAGACUGGCCAGGCCGCAGACCUGCGUGUCCUCGAGUUCUUCUCCUACCCAAUGCGCCACAAGCUCGCACUCUCCGGCCGCCCGCUCCCACUGGUUGCCGUCACCUCGCUCGACGCCUCGGUCCGCUUCCACUCGAUGCUGCAUGUGCUCGCUCUGGAGGAUGCGUCGCUGACCGACGAGCAUCUCGUCGCGCUCUCGGACGCUCUCGGUCCGAACAAGUCGCUCGGCGUCCUGCACUUGGCGUCCAACUCGUUCUCGCGGACAGGCAUUGAGGCGCUCGCCGCCGCUCUCCGCCAGAAUAAGACCAUCACCGAGGUGUAUCUGGAGAACAACGGGCUUGACGACGACGCUGCCGUUGUUCUCGCCCAGAUGCUCUCGUCCACCCGCCACAUCGGCGUCCUCGCUCUCGAUGGCAAUGCCAUCGGUGACGUCGGCGCCGAGGCACUGGCCAAGGCCAUCGCCCGCCCGCACCGCCUCAACACCCUCGCGCUCGACGACAACGCCAUUGGUGAUGUCGGCGGCGCCGCGCUCGGCCGCAUGCUCGAAGUCAAUCCAACCGUUACCAACGUCCAUCUCCGCAGCAACCGCAUGACCUCGCGCGGCGUUCUCGCCAUCGUCUCCUCGGCGAAGCACCCGACCGCUGCCGUUGCCCGCCUCCUCCUCUCCGGCAACGCCUACGAUCCGCGCGACAUUGCCGCUGCCGUCAUGGACCUGGCGCGGACGUCGCGAACCCUCGCCCACGUUGACAUUGCGCCCUAUGUCCUCGGACAUGGCGCCAUCACCACUCUCCGGCUCCUUCCACUCACACAAUGACACGCGCUCACGUACAUGA